CCGUUUCAUUAUAUGACCCCGGGAAUAAAUCCAGCGCUCUGAUUGGUCAGCGUGGCAGCGUUUUAAAAGUGAACAACUUUCAAGCAGGAGCUGUGUGUGGUAUGAUACGGCGGGAUGGCAGCUGAAAUCCCUUGUUUUUUCGUGUUUAUGGAUUAAUUUUUUUCCGGUUAAGACUUACCAGAGCAUAUCAAAUGGCUGCAAAGCAUACAAACUCUCUGGAAUUAAGCGAUUUCGAUCGUCUCCGGAAGGAAAACGCCGUGCUCCGCGAGGAGCUCGCCAACUUACGGGAAGAAAUAUCCGGUGAAAGACACACUCAUGAACAGUUGUUGAAAAGUUUUCAAGUUUGUCAUAAUGAAGAUUCGAGGAAACUGCGGGAGGAGAAAAAACUGACGUCGAAAUUGGCCGAGGAAAACGGUGAACUUCGCUUGGAGCUAAAAGCGCUUAGAGAACGUGCCUCUUCGACUCCAUCAGCGAAAGAUCGCGGCAAACCAGGGCACGAGGCAGAUGUAAACGAUCGCUUACUCAAAGAACUCAGUGCUUUGGAAAAGAGACUUGGAGUGCUGCAUAGCGAUUUGUUGUCAAGUCCCGCGGCGAAAAGCUUCGAUGGAAGGCAACCUGCAAAGCGUGCAGAUGGUUCUGUUGCCAAGGACCCAGUUAAGAAACUCAGUGCUGAACUGGUAAACUUGAGAUCCCUGCUGACGGCACGAUCUGGGAUUGGGCUGAAUGGAGUUAUACUUACAGGUCACAGAGAAGUCAAAACAAAGGGCAUGGCAUCAAAUUCACUGAAUGGUAAUACAACAAGUCUAGUGCCAGAUGACUUAGUUCAUAUUAGUGGACCAAUCACAGAGGAUGCUGUUGUUGGUGUACUACAACAGAGAAGUGUGGCAGGGGAAAACUAUACAAACUUGGGUCCAGUGUUGAUUGCUGUGAAUUCGUAUGAUCAAGUUCAGUCCAAGACAGGCCUGUUACAAAGUGCUUCAGAUAAUCAGAGACUACAGAAAAUUAUUUUGACUGUGACAAGCAAGUUGGCCAAUUCCUCUGCACCACAGGUUAUUGUGUUAAGUGGCAAUGGAGGAAGUGGAAAAACAUUCACAGCCCAGGCCCUUACACAACAUCUCUUAGAACAGUCAGGGGGAGGACAUGAUUCUGAUGUCUGUAAGCACUUUCUUGCUUCCAUGGCUGUUAUCCAGUCUCUGGGAAAUGCCAAGACAACGACAAACUCUAACUCCUCCAGAAUGGGUAACCUUUUUGAAUUCCAUUUGUCUGAUGGUUUGAUAUCAAGAACAAAAAUCCAGUGCUAUCUUCUUGAUUCUACAAGAGUUGUAUGUCCACCUGUCAAGGAGAGGAAUUAUCACAUAUUUUAUCAGCUGUUAUAUGGCAUCUCUCAGGAAGAAAGAGUCAAGCUUCAUCUUCAAGGAUACAGUGUGCACUCCUUGUUAUACCUAAGUGGGAGUCCCAUUCCUUAUAAUGAAGACGAGGAAGACUUCCGAGAUAAAUUUGAACGAUUUAGGGGUGCUCUGGCCACACUGGGCAUUCCAUUUGUAGAUGUUUUAAGAAUUUUAGUUGCAAUCCUGCUUCUUGGUAAUGUAGAAUUUGUUGAUGGUGAGGGCCUAGAACUUGAUGUCAAGGGAAAUAAUGAAAUCAAAGCUGUGGCUGCAUUACUUGGUGUAUCUGGUGUUUCACUGUACAGAGGCUUGACAACAAAGACCAAGAAUGUGAGAGGACAGAUUCUUAGAUCACUUUGUGACUCAGCCACUGCAAAUUCAAACAGAGAUGCUCUUGCCAAAGCGCUAUACUGCAGAACACUUGCUGCUAUUGUGCGCCGAGUCAACAGCUACAAGAGACCUACCAGCAUGUUGUCGACAUCACCACAAGGGUCGUACGAGUCAUUAAGAGCAGCUUCACCUCAUGGGUCUACUGGUUCUCUAGGGAAAAGCCCACUUAAUUCCAGCAAUGGUUUGCUCGUGGCAUCAUUACCAGGGAAUACCCCUCCAUCAACUCCUGGGCUGAAUGGUAGUGUCCAGUUAACUGGAAGGGCUUCUGGUCUCAUUGGCAUUGUGGAUAUGUUUGGCUUUGAAAACAGUCAGGUGAAUCAACUGGAGCAGCUCUGUGUGAACCUCUGUUCUGAAACCCUGCAACAUUUCUACAACACACAUAUAUUUAAAAGCAGAGAGGAGUACAGAAGGGAAGAGAGUGUGCUCUCAGAUCUUGAAGUGGAUUAUUUUGAUAAUGCUCCAUGUAUUGAGUUACUCACAUGUCAGCGUGCUGGAGUUCUAACAGUGUUGGACAAAGAAAGCUUGUUUGCUAGAGGAAGCUAUCAGAACUUCUUACAAAAAGUAAAGGGACAACACAAAGACAGCGAGAGCUUCUUUGACCCCGAUCCUGAGAGUUCUUGCUUUGGAGUGUCGCAUUACAAUGGAAAUGUUGUUUAUGACGCCAGCUCUCUACUGAACAUCAAUCGUGACUCCAUUACUGAUGACAUCAUCUGUGUGUUUUCAAGACAGGAAAAACUUGAUGGCCUACUCAAGACAUUGGUGCAAGCACAGCCGACAUUUGUGAGAUGUAUCAAGAUAAAUACCCGUGAAGAGCCGUAUGCUUUUGACCGUGGAAUAGUCAGUCAGCAGAUUCGAGUGUUGCAGAUUUUUGAAACUCUUCAACUUCUUCAGUCAGGGCUUGCUAAUCGCUCUCGGCUUCAAGCAUUUGCCAGAAAGUAUAGCUUUGUCUCGCCGCGUAAGGUGCGGGCUCAGGAGGAGACUGGGUACGAGGAUUGCAAAGUCAUUUUAGAGACGCUGAUGAGGAAAAUUGACAGAUCGAAGAGUGACGUCAUGUUUGGCGCGUGGGUACUGGGCAAGAGAUUCGUCUUUUACAGUGAAGUGGUGAAACAGGAGUUAGAAACCCUUCAUGAGAUGCGGAAAGUGAAGGCGGCUGUCACGAUCCAGUGCUGGGUCAGAAGAUGGAUUUGUUACAAGAGAUGGCCGAGCCUAAAGCGUUCACUUGAACUGCAGAAAAAAGCUCGACACGGCGGCAACAAAGUGAAUCAUAACCAUGUUCGUAGAUCAGUAUCACCGUCGGAUGAACUUCGGGUGGACACGAAGACAGCCGAUCAGACGUGCUGUCUCUACGGACUGGACAUGGAAACUCCGCCUCCUUUGCCCAAAAGCCGGCCAUACACUGUGAUGGGUAACAUGAAGAUGGGAUUCCCACAGACUCGCAUCAUGAAAUUUGAUUACCCAGAUGACGGCAGCGAGGUUCUCCUGAAGAAAGGAGAAGCGGUAAAAGUGAUUCGAGCAUCCGAGAAGCGAGGGUAUCUUGUUGUGGAACACAAAAGUUCGACUAUUCACUUGCCAUUUCAAGUCAUGGAGCUUAAGAAUUCUCCGAACCCUUCACCAAGAUGACCAGACUAAAACGACAACAGAGACACGCAUAGUGCUGGAAGUUAUAGGAAUCGUAGGAACAGUUUUGCGUCUUACUGUGCUUUCAAUCAGACUCCGGCCGAGUGCGUUCAUUUGCUGUCACGAGGUGGAGAGUAGAGUGGGACAGAUUGGUCGUCACAUGAAGCACACGUGGGCGCACAAUCAGGGCCAUGAGUCCACGUGACUUCUGUCUUGUGGCAUAUUCAGCGCAACUCGUGCUCCAUCUUCAUUCGUUGUUUGUGGAACACGGC